UGCAAUGGCUUUCACUCCAUUUAAUCCCCCCAGCUUCCUCACUCCUUCCCAACAAUCUUCCUCCUCUGGUUUAAUCUCUUCCAUCUCUUUUCCCUUCUGCGUCUCUUCUAUCCUCUUCUCCAACCAUGAAGCUAGUCAAGAUGAACCCUAAAUAUCUAAAGUUCAGCCCCAAACGCCUCUUUCGGUCCAAGGACCGAUCCGAUGUUUCAAGAUCCGACCCGCCAUCGUUCGGCUCGUCUUCUUCCUCAGAUGCCUCAUCUUCCAUCCACAAACCCAGUUCUGGAAUCGGUGCUCCGGGUUCUGGGACGCCCACCAGUGUUUUGCCUGAAAUUUCGGGUGACUGGUCUGAUAUUUCACCCUAUAUUUGCUUCGAGCUUGCUCAAGCGUUUAAAAUGAUAGAUAAGGAUAAUGAUGGGAUGAUCUCGAGAGGUGAGCUGGAGGCGCUCCUGAGCCGGCUCGGAACCAAGCCGCCGAGCCGGGAGGAAGUCAGCUUGAUGCUUAGCGAGGUUGACGGGGAUGGCGAUGGCUCCAUAAGCAUAGACGCGCUGAUGAGCCUGGUAGCCGGCUCGACUAGCGAAUUUGCUUGCGACGCCGAGCUGCGUGACACUUUCGAUUACUUCGACACGGACCACGACGGCUUGAUCUCGGCUGAGGAACUCCUGAGGGUUUUCUCAGCCAUCGGCGACGACCGGUGCACGUUAGAAGAUUGCCGGCGCAUGAUAGCCGCUGUAGAUAAAAACGAUGACGGAUUUGUGUGUUUCGAGGACUUUUCACGUAUGAUGGAGCCGCAGAGAUGAUCAUGACAAUCAGAGAUGGUGACGGUGGUGAUGAUAAUCAUGUGAAGCGCUCUACAUGAUAAGAAAAUGGAAAUCGUUUGAUAUUUUUUUUUUCUUUUUUUUUUAAAAAAAAAACUAAUUUUCCAAUAAUUUGGGAUCUAGUUUGUUUCUUUGUUUGUUUGUUUUAUAUAUAUAUAUAUAUAUAUUUUGCUUUUAAAUUAGGAAACGGGGGAUUCUAAAAAGACGGGGUCAAAUCAAGUGGGAGGAUUAUUGAAUAUCAACGGUCAGGAUUUAUCCUUUACGAAGGAUAAAAUGGACUUUUCAUCUGCCGUAUAUAUAUAAA